AUGGUUGCGGACAUCGAAAAGGCGUUUCUUCAAGUUGGUCUGCAAGACUCAGAACGCGAUGUAACCAGAUUCUUUUGGAUUAAAGACACAAAAAGACCAUCACUGUUUUCAAACAACAUCGAAAUUUAUCGUUUCUGUAGAGUACCGUUUGGGAUUAUUUCAAGCCCUUUUCUUCUCAGUGCAACCAUUGAGGCUCAUUUGAUUGCUUAUGACACUAAGCUAUCAGAACAGCUGAAACAUGACAUUUAUAUGGACAAUAUUAUAACCGGAGCAUCCAGCGAUGAACAAGCUGUAGACUUGUAUAAAGAAGCAAAAAGCAUGUUUAAAGACGCCUCAAUGAAUCUUCGGGAGUGGAGUUCAAAUAGUGAAAAAGUAAACAGUUUUAUUCCAGAGGUUGACAGAUCCACUGAAACUGAAACUAAGUUUCUAGGACAUGUUUUGGACAUAAAAUCAGAUAUUCUGUCAGUAAAAUCUGUAUGUUCGAAUAUAAACCGCUUUCAUUAG